UUUUGAGAUAAACAAAUCGUGCUGCGUCUGUGUGUACCGUGAUGACCGGUACGUGUGAACGAAGGAGAUAACACUGUUGUCUUUUUUUGUUGUUGCUCGUUAUUAAUCUGAGAAUUGGGGUGGACGAUGGAGUUGGUGGUAAUACUUGCGCUUGCUGGUUUUUUAAUGACAUCAGCUAGAGCAGUACCAAGCCAAUCCAUCAUGGCAAGUUUGGACGCAAAGUGGCCCGCAACGCCAGUUUUGUUGGAAACUAGUGAAUUUUUAGCUAGCCACAGUAAUGAUGCAUUCUGGACAUUUUUUGAAUCUAUAGUUGGGAUGUCACAGUCUCAGAUUGGAGAUGAGCAUGAUGAAAUGAGGUAUGAACUUGGAUUGAAAUUUGCUGGCUCAGGUUUAUCGCAGUCAGAAUUGGCUCUUUUGAAGCUCAGCCUCUCGCUGCACUCCUUCUCGCCCAAGAUUGCAUUACAUAAUCAAAUGGCUACAGAAGUUGUUGGGGAUUUAGAAUGCUCUGUGUUUGUGGAGGUUCAUGGAGAUAUCACAUGUUCAUUGGAUAAAAUUGAUUCAUUAGUACAAACAGCAGAUCAAAGGGAAACAUCAAUUGUAUAUGAAAUCGAUCAUGUGUACCCAGCGAGCACAAGUAAAAACAUCACUGUUAUCUUGUAUGCUGAACUUGCCGAUUUUAGGUCAAAUCUCAACAAAUUUCAUAAAAAGUUAGCAGACAUGGCCAAAAACCAUCAGAUCAACUAUUUAUUCAGGCAUUAUGUAAAGAAUAUUUCAAAGAGAAAGGAGCGUUUAUCAGGGUACGGUGUGGAGCUUGCUAUUAAGAGUACAGAGUACAAGGCGUAUGAUGACUCGACCGUCAAAGAUGGAUCAAAACAAGGAAACCAAGAUUCUGAACACAUACCAGAUGAAGUCAAUGGUUUUAUAUUUUCUAAACUCAGGGAGCUUCAUCCAGAUUUGAGUAGUAAUCUUCAACAAUUUCAGAGUCACCUUGUAGAUGAAAGUAAUAAGAUGAGACCAUUGAAAGUUUGGCAGUUACAAGAUAUAUCUUACCAGGCUGCCCAGCGUGUGAUGACAUCAGAUGUCGGUGAUGCGCUAAUGGUCAUGAGAGAUUUAAGUCAAAACUUUCCAAUGAGAGCACAUUCAUUGGUGAAAACAACCCUCAAAGAUGAUUUCAAAAAAGAAGUAGGCACCAAUCAGAGGGUUCUGUACAGCAGUGUUGGGUUGGAAUCUGGGGAAGACAUGUUGAUGAUAAAUGGACUGGUGAUUGAUAUGGAUGUAGCUGAUCCAUUUAUGCUUCUUGAUUUAUUGACAACAGAGGCUGGUGUCAUGGCUGGUCUUCAUGCCCUGGACGUUAAAGGAACGAAUAUUGAUAAGCUUUUGAGAACACAACUGGUGGUUAAUGAAGGGGACUUUGCUGUUGACAUAAGGGAUAAUGCUGUUGUGUUUGUCAACGAUUUAGAAGAGGAUGAUCGCUAUAGAAAUUGGCCAAGUGCCAUGCAUGAAAUGUUGAGACCAACAUUUCCUGGAAUGAUGAGGCAUGUCAGAAGAAAUUUUUUUAACUUGGUGUUCAUCUUGGAUCCAGUUAAACCAGAGAGUGGAAUGCUCUUACAGCAGCUUGAAAUAUUCUUUGCUAAUGAUGCUCCGAUUAGGUAUGGACUUGUGUUUGUAACGGACAGUGACGAAGUGGAUGGCAAAGAUGAUGCGGGAGUUGCUAUCCAUAGGGUUCUUAAUUUUGUUUUAGCUGAAGAUGGUCCUGAUAAAGCAUUGGAUAUUCUUGCAAGGAUAUACCAACUAGCAGAUGAAAGUGAACUGGAAUUAACACAUGUGGAGCAAACUUUUGAAACUUUUUACAAACAUCAGGAUUUUGAAUCUAUCAUUGCGAGCAAUUCUGAAUAUAGCGAAGCAGGGAGGGGUGGCAAGGCUUUCUUUGAACGUACAGCCCUUGAGAGUCUCCCUCAAGUUUUACUCAAUGGCAAACCAUUGCCAGUUGAUCAGCUAGGACCUGAUCAAUUUGAGGAGACGGUUGUUUCUGCAGUAUUGACUGGCACCCCAGAUAUUCAGAGAGCCAUCUACAGGGCAAGAUUGACAGAUAGAAUGGAUCCAGUAGAAUACCUUAUGGAUCAACCUCAUGUUAUGCCAAGGCUCAACUCAAGAAUUCUUGACCCAGAUGUUAAGUUCAUCCAGUUCACUUCCAGAGUUGAGGGCCUGUCAUUACAAGAUGAUCUAUCCAGUUUGAGUGCACCACAGGUAGCAACAGUUGUAGCAGAUAACAUGAUAUAUUUCACAAAAAAAGAUGACAACUCUCUACGACAAGUUACAAUGUGGAUAGUUGCAGACUUGCAUAAAGAGCAAGGCAGGCAGCUCCUUGAAAAUGCUUUCAAAUAUCUUAAAAUGUCUAACGCUGUACGCAUCGGCGUCAUCUACAACCCAAGUACUUCAUCCGAUUCAUUGUUGUGGCUUCCAAAGGCAAUAUAUGCAGCUCUUCAAUCCCAAUCCAAAAAUCAUGCUAAAUUAUUUAUACAAAAAUUAGUGAAGAAAGAGAAUUUUGAUAGUAUAGCUGCUGGCAGCAAACAAGUUGAUGAGCUAUAUGUUAAUGGAAUGGACAUGGAGCUGUUCGGUCAAUAUUUCAAUAAAGACUUAUCAGCUGUGUUCUCAGCUUACCGACUGUUUGCUGAGAAGACGCUGUCCAUAGCAGGUGGCCAGGCUGCUGUUGUGUGCAACGGAAGGGUCUUUGGACCGCUGAGAGAUGAUGAAGACUUGGUGACGGAGGAUUUCCAGCUGAUUGAGAAAUUGGUUGCAUCAAGUUCAGCAAACAGUGUAAAAGAUAAAAUGAAAUUGCUUGAAGACGUAGAAAACAAGAGUGACCUCACAAUGAAGGUUGAUGCUUUACUUGCUGCUAACCCUCAAGCAGACAUGAGGAGAGAUGUCCCAAGAUGGAAGAGUGAACACAGCAUUUUAGAGAUUGAAGCAAGAGAAGCCAAUAUACCAAGUUAUGAGAUUACAGCUGUACUUGAUCCUCUGUCGAGAAAUUGUCAAAAGUGGAGUCAUAUUCUCUACGUUCUUACUCAAGUCUUGAAUGUAAGGCUAAAGUUGUUUCUGAAUCCAAGGGAAAAGCUUUCAGAAAUGCCAAUAAAAAGCUUUUACCGUUACGUAUUUGAACCAGAGUUGACAUUCCAAGUUGAUAGUUCUCUGUCUACGGGUCCAUCUGCUAAAUUCACCGACAUGCCUCUCGACGUCCUACUUACCAUGAACCUAAUUACACCGGAGAGCUGGUUGGUGGAGGCUGUCAAUACGCCGUAUGAUCUGGAUAACAUUAAACUAUCAGAGGUUGAUUCAUCUGUGUAUGGCAAGUAUGAGUUGGAAUACUUGCUACUAGAAGGUCACUGUUAUGACCAGAACUCGGGUCAACCUCCCAGAGGUCUGCAGUUCACACUAGGCACUAAGAGCCAACCAGUUAUUGUAGACACCAUUGUUAUGGCAAACCUGGGCUAUUUCCAAUUGAAAGCCAAUCCUGGAGCCUGGAUAUUGAGAUUAAGAGAAGGUCGAUCAUCUGACAUUUAUCAAGUCUCAAGUGUUCAAGGAGCAGAUUCAAGAUCUAUUAAUAAUGAUGUAAUUGUAAUAAUGGACAGUUUUAAAAGCAACAUUCUCAAAAUAAGGGUUUCUAAGAAGCCCGAUAAAUUAAAUGAAGAUAUUCUAGCUGAAGAAAGUGAUGACUCAAACGAAGGUGGCGGCGGUAUCUGGGACUCUAUAUCCAGUGUAUUUUCCAGUAUUGCUGGAGGAGGAAGGAAGACCACCGUCACUGAAGCGGAUAAAGACACAACACUCAAUAUAUUUUCUUUGGCGUCAGGGCAUCUUUAUGAACGUUUUCUAAGAAUCAUGAUGUUAAGUGUAUUGAAGAAUACUAAAUCGAAAGUUAAAUUCUGGUUUUUAAAGAAUUUCUUGUCACCAACACUUAAGGACUUCCUGCCACAUAUGGCUGACAAGUAUGGAUUUGAAUAUGAAUUGGUGCAGUAUAAAUGGCCCAGGUGGCUACAUCAACAGACAGAGAAACAAAGGAUUAUUUGGGGGUAUAAAAUACUUUUUCUUGAUGUUCUGUUCCCACUUCAUGUUAAGAAGAUCAUCUUUGUUGAUGCAGAUCAGAUCGUGCGAGCUGACCUACAGGACUUAGCAGACUUAGACCUGAAGGGCGCUCCCUAUGGUUACACACCAUUCUGUGACAGUCGAACAGAUAUGGAUGGUUUUAGAUUUUGGAAGUCUGGUUAUUGGGCAAGCCAUCUAGCUGGUCGCAAAUACCAUAUUAGUGCAUUGUAUGUAGUAGAUUUAGUGAAAUUCCGUAAGAUAGCUGCUGGUGAUAGACUGAGAGGUCAAUACCAAGGACUUAGUCAAGAUCCAAAUAGUUUAUCAAACCUCGACCAGGAUCUUCCAAACAACAUGAUACAUCAAGUAGCUAUAUUUUCACUACCACAAGAAUGGAUGUGGUGUGAAACAUGGUGUAGUGACAAGGAAAAGUUGAAAGCAAAAACUAUAGAUUUGUGCAAUAAUCCACUUACUAAGGAACCUAAAUUAGAAAGUGCCAAGAGGAUAGUAGCCGAAUGGCCAGAUUAUGACAAUGAAAUAUAUAAUUUACAACAAGAAAUAAGGGAGAAAAAUCAAAGUUCUCAACAAGAAAAACAUCAAGAAAGUCAUCAAGAAAAUCAAGAAAAACAAAAUAAACAUGGGCAUGGUGAACUUUGACCAAAAUAGUUGCAGCUUGCUAGAAAAAAAAUUAAAAAAUAUUUCACCAUAAUUGGAUUUGAGUCACCAUAAAGAAGCACAGGUUAGCCAUAAACUACAGCAGACUAAACAGCUUACCUAGAGCAUGCUCUGCUCAAGGAAAAGAUGAAGGAUUUGCCUUAAGCUGUACUGACCACUUGAUUGACAUACAUAACAGUACCAGUGGUGAGCAUCUGAUUCCAGUGACCAGACAAGUUUUUUAGAAAUUUAUUUUUUGCUGGAGAAAUAACAAAUUUGGAAAAAUAGUAUGUUGGGUUUUUUUUUAAAUUCAUUUUUGGAACAUUUGUCACCAAACUACCUCUGCAUUCCUGUUAAUAAAUGCGCCUUUUCCUGGUAUCGAAACAGAAUGAAAAUAAUUCUAUCAUUUGACCUACAGUAUGCCAAUAACAAUUUGACAUACUGCGGGUUACAGUAAUUAAUAUUUAACAUAGUAGGUCAUUGACCUACAAUUAACUUACAAUAAUCCAAAUAAAGUCUGUUAAAUAAGAACAUAUUAUUUGUUAUUUAAAUUAAAUUAAGUAACACGAUAUGUGAAUUAUCAAGUGUGUUACCAUACUAUCUAUUAAGCUCCUCCAUUCAAGUAUGCCCUGCUCUGGAAUAAGCUUUGCCAUUUAUUUCCAUUAAUUUACUAUUAUUUUGUUCAACUAUUAUUUUUUUUAACUUUCCUGGUUACACCACUGUACAUGCCUUGGUAUAGUGGAAUGAGGGAGAAACUUAAUUAGCAGCCAAUUUUUUAAAAAAGUAAUCAUGCUAACGUAGCGACAAAUCAUGAGUGUCUAUGUACAGCACAUGGGACCAUUGUAGAAUUCGGAUAAUUUGUAAUAAGUCAAGAUUUUUUAUACCUUGUUCAGCGAACCUGUCACCCGCCAAUGAUGAUGAUUUGGAAUAAAAAUAAAAUUUUAUUUUUGACCAAUUAGUGCACCCACUGCUACAAAAAAUAUGGAAAUUUCAGAAAA